AUUAUGUUUGAAGUUUGAUUGUAUCAAUUCAACAAAAGGCAGCUUUUUAUGAUGAUACGCAUUAAAUUCGAGCCCCCCACCGAACAAGUGUCUGUUCCACGCUUUUCUUUCGCUUUGGAUCCGUAAUCUCUAUUAUAAUCCGUUCUUUUUCCAUUUCUUAGCCCCCCUUGCCCCUUUAAUCUCUUCUUCAUUCUCCUAAAUUAUAUGAACCCACAAAUUUUCCUUAUUGAUUUUCCAUUUUUUAGAUAAAUCCAACCAUUUUUUUUUCUUUUUCUAUUCAUAGUUCCUUGAUUUUGUAUGAUUACGGAUUUCUCACAACAGGAAAUGGUGUUAUCUUCUGUUCUUGUUGUUGAGAGGUGACUGAACAAUGAAUUGAUGAAUGAAUGAAUCAGAUCUUAUUCUGAUUUUUAUCGCGCUGCUUGUGGUAGUUUGAUGGAAAGAGGGAUUAUGGUAAUGACACGAAUUCCUUUGUAUUCGUGUCAUAAUGGAUCAUCAAGAAAAUUAGCUUCUUCGUUGUUGUUUACCUUUUACUUUUCGUCGUUGAGAAAUCUGGAUGCGGCGAUUGUUGCUGUUGAUGUUGACAAUGUCAGUCAGAAAUGUCGAUCUUGUUUAAGUCGCAAACAAUCACCUUUCGAUUCCUAUUCCAUUGCUUCCGAGGCAUUCUCCGAACGCCCACAAAGUUAUUUUCCCUGGAAUUCAAUCAUUUGAUUCUGGGGUCCUUGUUCUCUACAUUCUUGUUUCUACCUGCUGUUUUCUUUAGUUUUCUUGUUUCUGCCUCUGCUUCUGCUUCUGCUCCUGCUGUUUGGUGGUGGCGGCGGUUGUUUUUGUUAUCAUCGUUUUUUACCGGAAUGAGUUCCAGUGCAGCCUCCGAAUUGCCUCAUUCUGGGAAUGGAAAUGGGAAUUUGUUUGCUUUUUCUGUAAGUAAUAGUGGAAACAAUAAACCUCUGGAUCUGGAGCUUGAUUAUGUGGAGAAAUGUCCAAAGGGUCGAUAUGUUAGGCACAGCGAAAUAUUGGGCAAGGGUGCAUUCAAGACUGUCUACAAGGCAUUUGACCAACUUGAUGGAAUAGAAGUGGCAUGGAACCGAGUGAAAAUCGAUGAUGUGUUGCAGGCACCUGAAGAUCUGGAAAAAUUGUACUCUGAGGUUCAUAUUCUUAGGCAGUUGAAGCAUGACAAUAUCAUCAAGUCUUACGAUUCAUGGAUUGAUGAUAAGAAGAAGACUGUAAACAUGAUUACUGAACUUUUCACAUCUGGUAGCCUGAGGCAAUACCGUAAGAAGCACAAAAAUGUCGAUAUGAAAGCUAUAAAGAAUUGGGUGAGGCAAAUUCUCCAAGGUUUAGACUAUCUUCACAGUCAGAACCCACCUGUCAUCCACAGGGACUUGAAAUGUGACAAUAUUCUUGUUAAUGGAAACCGGGGGGAAGUUAAAAUUGGGGACCUUGGAUUGGCGACCAUCAUGCAGCAGCCUACUGCUAAGAGUGUCAUCGGAACCCCAGAAUUUAUGGCUCCCGAGCUUUAUGAAGAGGAAUACAAUGAACUAGUUGACAUAUAUUCCUUUGGUAUGUGCUUAUUGGAAAUGGUUACUCUGGACUAUCCAUAUUGCGAGUGCAAUAACCCAGCUCAAAUUUAUAAGAAAGUUAUCUCUGGUGUCAAACCUGCUUCUCUUAGCAAGGUGAACGAUCUUGAAGUCAAGGAAUUCAUUGAGAAAUGUUUGGUUACGGCUUCUGAAAGGUUGUCUGCUAAGGAACUUCUUAAAGAUCCCUUUCUUCAAUUUGAAAGUUCAAAAGAAACUGUUCGCAUUUCAUUAAAAUUACCUAAUGAAGUUCCUAGAUCUUCAAGUUUUUUAAAUCCUGGGCCACAUUCUAUGGAUAUAGAUCCUGAUUAUAACCAGUCAAUGUGGACAGACUCCAAUUGUGGGAGCCCACGUUCUCUAGAACUGGAAUUUCAAAGGGUGCAUCAGAAUAACAAGUUCAGACUGAAGGGGAAGAAAAAUGAUGACAACUCAAUCUCAUUGACCUUGCGAAUUACAGACAAGGGUGGCCAAGUGAGGAAUAUACACUUUUCAUUCUACCUUGAUUCAGACACUGCUCUCGCGGUUGCUGCUGAGAUGGUUGAGCAACUGGAAUUGGCAGAUCAUGAUGUAGUGUUCAUUGCCGACUUCAUCGACUACCUCAUAAUGAAAAUUUUACCCGACUGGAAACCUUCAUCUGAUUGUCAUUCCAGUGGAGAAAGAAAUGCAAGUAUCUUGGUGGCAAAUCAAUGGUGGAUGCCCUUGGCAGAUUCUCCAGCCAACUUCAAGCUUGACCAACAUCAUGUGUCUGAAUUUCAUAAAGAAACUCAAAUUUGCAUGCAAUCUGAUGGGAGUAAGUUCUACGGUAACCCCAGCUUUGCUUCCUCUGCUCAUGAUGCAUUCUUCACGAUUCCAUGUUCGGUGAAUGCAGAACAUGAAGAGUCACAAGGAUCAGUAACCUCUGAGGUAAUGCUUGAAGACAUAUCAAUGAAGAAUGUGAACACUCGCCAAUGGGUUGAUUCUGGUAACAAUGGAAUCUCAAAAGCUUCUGGUGAUGUUGUGGAAAUGGAGUAUGGGGAUCUAUAUUAUUUUGAGUGCAAUAUGCAUGGAAAUGUUAGUGAUGAAGUAGAACCUCUACCAAUGAAACGGAUGACAGAAAAGUCAGAAUCGGUUUUCUCUGAGGAUCUAAACGCCGUCUCCGUAUAUAGGAGCUUAGCAAGCAGUUGUUCGUCUUUAACCAUAGUCGAGAAAGAUCCUGAAAACCAGCUGAAGUCAGAGAUUGAUGCAAUCGAAACCCAUUAUCAGCAAUGGUUUCAAGAAAUUUCGAGGAUGAGGCAUGAGGCAUCAGAGGCUACCAGGAAGAAAUGGUCGGACAAAUAAGUUACCGUUCAUUGAGCAAGAAUGUCUGUACGAGGAUUCCCUGUUGUGUCUUUUUAUGUUCUUGUGAUGCAUCGUUUGGAAACUCCAUGAUGGAUUUGGCUUCCUUCGUAGAAUUAAUGGUCUCUUUAGACCCCCAAUUUAUUAUUUAGGGGUGAAAACAAUCUUUACUUGUCCAUGUACAUAAUUUCUCAGUUCUGGAUGUUUUUUCUUUUCGCCUAUUACCUGUACUUCAUACCUUUUGUUAUCGUUACUCUCUCUCUUUCUAGAUUGGGUAAAUAAAUAUAUUGAUCAAAAUUUCGAGUACAAAUA